AGGGUUGCUGUAUAAAACCUGCCAGUUUUGGUUACUACUAACAAGAGUUGUCUUUAUCUUACGGUUCAUAGUGCUUGAGCUGGGUUGAAUUAUUGAGUCUGGCUUUUGUUUUUGCAUAACACAGCAAUAUUACUGUUAGAAAGAUUAAGAUCCACUGGCACAGCUAACUCAGCAGGCUUAUCUUCUUUUGUCUUUCUUGCUCAGAGACAUUAUUGGGACUGGUUAGUAGUUAAAGAAUGGUAGCUAGCUAGAAGCUUCCCUCCUGUUCCAUGCUCCUUUUCUUACAAUAAAAACCCGUCUUCUCUACAAGAAAACAUAAAAAUUACCCACUUUUUUCUUGAAUCUUUGACUUUCUCUUCUUUUUCUUUUUUUUUCCCAAUGGCAUCAUUAUCAACAGCAGACAACGAUGAAGUUGCCAAGGAGUUUGGAUUCUGGAGGAUGUACAAAGAUGGCCGCGUCGAGAUGUGCUUACCAGACUGGGCAACAAAAACAAUCCCACCUUCUAUUGACCCUGUCACCGGUGUCCAGUCCAAAGAUGUUACCAUCUCUACAGAGCCACUAGUCUCUGUUCGUAUUUUCUUGCCUAAACUAAAAAACCUUGAUGAGAAACUGGCUCUCUUGUUUUAUGUUCACGGAGGUGGUUUUUCCAUGAUGUCUGCAUUUCAACCUGAUUAUCACAAUUUCUGCAGUGCUGUGGCUGCCGAGGCUAAUGUUAUUGUGGUUUCUGUUGAGUAUGGUCUCUUCCCAGCCCGACCAAUACCCGCUUGCUACGAUGACUCAUGGGCGGCACUCCAGUGGGUGGCCUCUCAUGUCAAUAGGAAUGGACCAGAGAAGUGGUUGAAUGAUCAUACUGAUUUCGAGAAAGUUUUUAUCGGUGGGGAUAGUGCUGGAGGGAAUAUAUCACAUACUCUGGCUUUUCGGGCCGGCACCAUCGGGUUACCCGCUGGAGUUAAGGUAGUCGGGCUAACUUUAGUGCACCCAUUUUUUGGUGGAACUAAAGAUGAUGAUAUGUGGCUGUGUAUGUGUCCAGAAAAUAAAGGGUCAGAUGAUCCUAGGAUGAACCCAACUGUGGAGGAUAUUGCCAGGCUUGGCUGUGAGAAAGUGUUGAUUUUUGUAGCAGAGAAGGACCAUUUGAAUGUUGUGGGCAAAAACUAUUUUGGGAAGUUGAAGAAGAGUGGAUGGAAAGGAAAUUUUGAACUUGUUGAGAAUGAUAAGGAAGAACAUUGCUUUCAUUUGCGUGAUCCCUACUAUGAGAAGGCUAUGGAGUUGAAGAGAAAGUUUGUUUCCUUUCUAAGACAAGAGUAAUUCCAUUCCAUUUUAUGAGUCCGUGUAUGAUAUUGGUAAUAAAACAUUACUGGAUAAAAAUGUUUUUAUCUAUAAUAUAUUCCUGAUUGGUUUCUUUUUA